GCGCCCGCGUCACGUGGGGCUGCCGGACGGGAGAUGGGGCGGCCGGUGGCGAGCGGGCCCGGGCCCCGCGCCUGGCUCCUGCGGCUGCUGCUCGGGCUGGCGGCCUGGCGGGGCGGCGCGGCCGGGCGGAGCGCGGUGUGCAGCUGCUGCCCGGGCCCGGUGCGGAGCGGCUCCAGCGUGGCCCGUUACUGCGCGUCGCGCCCGGCCUUGGCGCUGCAGGGGCGCUGCUGCCUCAGCGGGGAGCCGGAGCCCGUCAUCGUGGGGCUGGAUCUGGGCAACUGCUCACUGACGUUCCUCGGUGCUGGGUUCCCGGAUGCCAGCACUGCUGUUGUCAUUGACCUGACCGAGAACCCCCUGGAGAACAUCAGCAACAUCUCCUUCCAGGGCUUCACCAGGUUGCAGAGCCUAUCCCUGCCGCGUGCCCUGGAGUGCCCUGGAGGGAGCAUGGCCUGGGACCUCAACACCACCCAUGGGGACAGCCGAACCUGCCAGGGGCAGAGGAACCUCUGCAACAGCUCGGGGGAGCUCG